CAGUGUUUAAAACAGUAUGUGGAACUUCUGAUCAAAGAAGGUUUAGAAACUGCAAUUAGUUGCCCUGAUGCCAGUUGCCCAAAGAGAGGUCAUUUGCAAGAAAAUGAGAUUGAAUGCAUGGUGGCUGCUGAAAUAAUGCAACAAUAUAAGAAAUUACAGUUUGAAAGAGAAGUUCUUUUAGACCCGUGUAGGACUUGGUGUCCAUCUUCUUCCUGCCAGGCAGUGUGCAAACUACAAGAGAAAGGGCCCCAGAAUCCACAACUGGUACAGUGCACUUCCUGCGACAUUGAGUUCUGCUCAUCAUGUAAAGCCAACUGGCACCCAGGACAAGUUUGUCAAGAAAACCUGCCAAUCACUUUUCUUCCAGGAGAAUCAAGCACCGCACAGAAAACUGUGGAAGAUGAUGUACCAAUCAAACGUUGUCCUAAAUGUAAAGUGUACAUAGAACGGGAUGAAGGCUGCGCACAAAUGAUGUGUAAGAACUGCAAGCACGCCUUCUGCUGGUACUGCCUGGAGUCACUGGAUGAUGACUUCCUGCUGAUACAUUACGAUAAAGGACCAUGUCGGAACAAAUUAGGUCAUUCUCGGGCAUCCGUCAUAUGGCACAGAACACAGGUGGUUGGAAUAUUUGCAGGAUUUGGGCUUCUGCUAUUAGUAGCCUCACCAUUCCUCUUACUGGCCACUCCUUUUGUUCUGUGCUGCAAAUGUAAAUGCAGUAAAGGGGAUGAUGACCCCCUGCCUACUUAA